AUGUCGGGAGUUGUUCAACGACGACGAAAAAAUGAGGAGGUACGGGAUUUUUUUCGGAGGAAAUUUUGAAGAUCCCGUUUUUGCUGAACAAAUGUCUGAUGUGCUCAAAAUUGAGCCAGGAAUCAAGAAAAAUCGUAUUUCUUGAAAAGCUUAGAAGAAUUUUCAUCAAAAACUGUUCACAGAACGUUUUUUCAGGAGCGAUUUGGUUAUAAAUUAUUGAUUUUCUAUCAAAAACCGAGUUCAGAGCGAUAUUUUCUAACCGAAUCGCUCCUGAAAAACGUUCUGUAAACAGUUUUUGAUAACAAUUCUUCUAAGCUUCCAAAAAAUACGAUUUUCCUUGAUUUCUAGCUCAUUUUUGAGCAAAACUGAGCUCAGGAACUUUCUCAGCGUGAAAAAUUCUAUCUGGCAAAGUUCCUGUUUCAAAAUUUUCAAAAAAUGUUUGUUUUCCAGGCCCCGGUUGAUAAAAAUGACGAAAACAGCGGUGAUUCUGCACAUUCGUCAGAUCAAGAAGACAAUGAUAAAGGAACUCGAUUGACUUUGAUGGAGCAGAUUUUGUUGCUUGGUUUGAAAGAUAGAGAGGUUUGUAUAACAAAAAAUGGAGGAAAAAUCGGAGAUUUUUAUCGUGUUAUUAAAAAUUAUUUGGAAUUUUUUCGAUAAACAUUUGUGUUUUGUAGUCGGGGCGAUUUUUGAGAAUAGGAGUUUCAGGACUGAAAUUUGAAAUUUACAGUAGAAAUAUAGUUAUGUAAAACUCGAAAACUUAGCAAAUUCCAAUUUUUUUGAUAAAAAAAUAUUACAAUUUUGAAACAGUGAAUUUUUGGGCUAUUGUUUGUUUUUUGCGAAAAUUUAAAAAUUAAAAUUUAGACUAAAAAAUUUGAUUUUUCAGAUUUUCUUUGAGUUUAGGCGAAUCCCAUUUGUGAUUUUUCAAAACAAAAUACAGAAUUUUUAAAAAUACCAAAAGUGUCAAAUUUUAGUCCUAGAAUCGUUUUCGAAAAAAUUCACUGUUUCAAAAAUUUCUUAUGAUUUUCAAAAAUGGAAACACCACUAGUAGCUUCGUUCAUAAAUAUCGCUAUCAUAAUUUUCAUAAAAAUUUUUUAUUUUUGAGAAGGUUCCACUCUUUUCCCCUAGAAAUAAUUAGUUUAAUUAAAGAUUUUAAGAAUUUCCCCAAACCCCAUUAAUUUUGCAAAAAAAAAAGAAUUCAUUUGUUGCAGGGUUAUACAUCAUUCUGGAAUGAUUGUAUCUCAUCAGGUCUUCGUGGAUGUGUUUUAAUCGAAUUGGCACUUCGUGGACGAAUUCAAUUGGAAGGCGGUGGAAUGAGACGCAAAAGUUUGUUGAAUAGAAAAGUGAGUUGAUUGAUUGUGGAAAAUUGUUACAAAAAUACAGAAUAUUAUUUUGAUUAGAGAAAUCGUAAAAUUGAAAGAGCACAGACGAAAAGUUGAAUUUUCUUUGUAUUUUCUCAAUUUUAAGUUCUCUUUAAAAAUGUACUGGAUAAGAAAAUUUGUUGAAAAAAAAAUCACUGUUUCAAUAUUUUUUUUUAAUUUUGAAGAAUAAAAACGUACUAAUACUUCGUUUUCUUCGUUAUCUCUCAUUUGCAAUUAAAAUUAUCGAAAAAAAUUUAAUUUUGAAAAAGUGGUUUAAAAAUGUUUGUAACCAUACCUCUAUCGAAUUUGUCAGAAAAAAUUCUUCAAGCGACAGUAAAAAGCAGUGAUCUUAUUUUUUGAAAAAAUUCACUGUUUAAAUAUUUUUAUAAGAUUUUGAAGAAUACAGAUGUAUCGAUAGGGUUUUUGAUGAUUCCCGAUGAAACUCACAUUUAAAUUAUCGCAAAAAAAAUUACUUUAUGUGGAAAAAAUUGUUUCUCACAUUUCCCUAAUCGAAUUUUUCAACAAAAAAAAUGAAAUAUUCUAGAUAACAGUAAAAAUCAGUGGCAACCAUAUGAGUUUUAUGAAAAUUCACUGUUUCAAAAUUUUCAUAAGAUUUUGAAGAAUAAAAAUGUAUUGAUCGUUUUUGCCAAUUUCUGCCAAAUAAAACUCUAUCACAAAAAAGUUCUAAUCUUUCAGGUAACAGUAAAAAGCAGUGAACCAACCGGUGAUGUAAUAUUAGAUGAAGCACUUCGCCACAUGAAAGAAACAAAUCCACCAGAAACCGUCACAAGUUGGAUUGAAUAUUUGUCGGGAGAAACUUGGAAUCCGCUCAAAUUGCGCUAUCAAUUGAGAAAUGUUCGAGAAAGACUCGCCAAAAAUUUGGUUGAAAAAGGCGUUUUGACGACGGACAAACAGAACUUUUUGUUGUUUGAAAUUACGACACAUCCAUUGUCGGAUGGUAAUCAGAAGACCAAAUUGAUCAAGGUAGGAGGGUGUUUGGGGAGUAAAGUAUGUAUGGAAGUUAUGAAGAAAUUCACUGUUUCAAUGUUUAAAUAUGAGUUUUGAAGUGAUUUUUCAGAUGUUAAGAAUAUUUAUUUCAAAGUUAUCAAUUUGUUAAAAAAUCUAAUAAUUUUCACUUAUUUUUAUUUUACAAGAAUUUACUGUUUCAAAUUUUUUAUAUUGUUCAAAAAGGAAAAAAAAAUCUGAUACAUUUAUAAUUUUUAUAGGUUAAAAAAUCACUGUUUCAAAAAUUUUAAAUAUUUUUUGAAAUGAUUUUCAUGAUAGUCCGAUUUCUAUGAUGAACCAACCCAAAAAUGUGAUCUCAUAAACAUCACUGUUUCAAAAUGUUAGGUUAAAAUGAAUAAUUUUCACUAAAUGAACCUAUUAUUAAGUUUGCGAAAAUUUACUGUUUCAAAGUUUGUAUGUAGUUUUUGAAGUGAUUUCUAAGAUAGUUGGUCAAUUUUUUUCAGUUUGAAUUCACAGAACUUUUUCUGAAAAAAAUCCACUGAAACUUUGUUCAGAUACUUUCAACUUGAAAAAGGAGAAAUCUGACAUUUCUGAAUUCGAAAUCAUAGAUAUUUGGUCUUAUUCUGAUUUUUUCAGUCAAACAUGAAAUUUGUCAUGGUUUUGUCACUGUGAAUGUUUCAAAGUUAUUAAUUUGUUGAAAAACUGUCAAUUUUCACCAGAUGAACUUAUUAUUCAGUUCACGAAAAUUCACUGUUUCAAAAUCUAUGUAUAGUUUGUAAAGUAACUUUUCACAUAGUUAAGCCAACUGGUCAUCUAAUAAAUUUAAUUGUUUCAACAAAAUCUAUAUAAUUUUUAGAACCUUUUAAUCCUGAAUUUAUAAUUUUACAGAAAUUCACUGUUUCAAAGUGUUUAUGAAGUUUUUCGCGAUUUUUUGGUUGUAUGUACACUUUUUUCUUAUACAUUGUUAAAAAAACUACUGUUUCAGAAAUUUUAUAACUUUCUGAGAUUGUAGAAUUCAAAGAUAAUAUAAGAGGACUUUAAUUUCAUCAGGCAAAUUUUUUAUAUAGUUUGCAGAAAAAAACAGUAUAUUUAUGUACAAGCAAAAUUUAUUUUUCAAUUUUCACAAAAAAACAUAAAAUAAUAUUACAUUUUUCAAAAAUGUAAAAAAUAAUUGGAAAACAAAAAAUCAUAUUGGAAAAAAUGUACAUAAUUCAAGAUCCUCCAAAAAAAUGUACAAAAAUAAAAAAAAUUGGGCAAAAGUGUACAUUUUGAAAAAAAAUAAAAUAGAACAAAUUUUCACGUGAACAUUGUCAAAUGUACUGUUUUUCCGGUUUUCUCUUAUUUUGUACCUUUUCCAGCAGACAUUUUUUUCGAUAAUUCUUGUAGUUUUUGUCGAUUUUAUCAAUCCAUCGUAGGGCUAUCGAUUUGCUAGCGAAUAUCGAGUAAAUGCUGUUGAUGAUUCAUCCUCAAAAUUAGUUUUGGGGUGAUUUGGACCGAUUUAUUUGUUUUCGCAACAAUCAUUCUUCGGAUUCUUUUGAAAAAAGACGCUGUAAAAUGGAAAUUUCUCGUGAGAAACAAAAUUAUUGAUAAAACUAACCUCAACAAGAUCAAAAGGAAAUAAUCCAUGUGAAAAAUAAGAAAAAGAAUUCGAAAUAAAACUGAAAAUGCAGUCCACGUCAUAUUAAUUUUUCACGUAAAAUUAAAUGACCUCAUCAUUCCAGCUCAUUUUUAUUUCAUUUCAAAAAAUUUAUCAUUUAUUUUUCACAUUUUUGGGGAGUUUUGAUCUUGUUGGAGUGAGUUUUCUUGCAUAAUUGUUUCAUUAUGAGACAUUCACAUAUUACAGAUUGUAUUUUCAAAAUUUCCCAAUCACUGACAUGAGUGUCAGAAUAAAGAAAUCAAACUCUUUUGAAUAGAAACUGGAAACCUUAUUUUUGUCAGCAGCAUUUACUCGAGAUUAUCUAGCAAAGUCAUUUGAUGGAUUGAUUGAAGCGACGAAAAGUACAAGAAACACCGGAAAAAAUGUCUGCUGGAAAAUGUACAAAAUAAGAGAAAACCGGAAAAACAGUACAUUUUACAAUGUUCACGUGAAAAAAUUGCUCUAUUUUACUUUUUUCGAAAUGUACACUUUUGCCCAAUUUUUCUAUUCUCGUACAUUUUUUUUCGCAAAAUGUACAAAAUUCAGAAAAAUCUUGAGUUAUGUACAUUUCAUAAAAUAACGCUUUUUGUUUUUUGAAUAAAUAUUUUUAUAUUAUUUUGUGAGGACUGAAAUCUGUACAAUGAAUCUGAUUCAUAUUGUUUUGUACAAUAUUGUUGAAUGAAAUAAAAAAAAUGGAAAUUUUUGUGAAAGUACAAAAAUUUAUCCAAAAUUAUUUUUAUAUUUGGAAAUAAUUUGCCUGAUGAAAUUAAAGUCCUCUUAUAUACUGUUGUCAAAUCUAAUUAAACCAGAAAAAUAAUUAGUAAGAACUGAUUAAUUAAUAAAAACAGUAGUGAAAAAUUCACUGUUUCAAAGUAUUCAUAAGAUUGUAGGAAAUAAAAGCGCAUCGAUUCUUACAUAUUUGCUUCAAAUUUCUCAAAAUUUCUGUAUUUUUUGCAGGAAGUUCAAGAAGUUGUAUUGGGAAGAUGGACAAAUGAUGUGCACCGAAUGGAUAAGAAAAUGUUGUCAUUGAUUGUUUUGGCACACGCUAGUGAUGUUUUGGAAAAUGCAUUUGCGCCAUUGAAUGAUCAGGAUUACGAGGUGAGAGAUUUUCUGUUUGGGAAAAAAUUUUUGGUUGAAAAUUAUUUAAAAAUACAUAUUUUCCACAGUUUCCUAACAAGCUACUAAAUUCUUGUGAAAUUUGAACUGUGAUCAAGAUCAAGCGAAGUAUUAAUUGAACAUGUGAAGUUUUGAAACAGUGAAUUUUUUCAAUUUUUUUUUCACAUGAAAGCGGAAAUUGUAUUAGUUUUCCAAGAUUUCAUAGAAAUUAAUGGUUUUAUAGUGAAACAGUAGAUUUUUUCAUUUUUGAAAAUUUUAACUGUUUCAAAAAAUUGUGAAAGUUUUUGUUUUCCAAAAUCAAUUGCUUGAAUCUUACCUGCUUUAAAAAAAUGUUCUUUAAAAUUCGACAAAAGAUUUAUUUUUCCUGAACUAAAAUUUUCACUGUUUCAAAAAAAUUGUAUCAAAACAAUUUUUCUUGAAAUUUUGAUAAGAAAUUGAUAAGACCAAGAUCAAAAAUAUAUAACAACAAAAAAUAUCCCAAAAAAUGUUGCAGAUUGCAAUGAAACGUGUACGAACAUUAUUGGAAUUACAAUACGACGAACAAGCUGAAAAGAAGGGUAACGAUGUGAUGUGGGCUGUUUUUGAGGCAUUUAGCAAGUGAGUUUGGCUUGGGCUGGACUUUGGUGUGCCUGAAAUUAGGAUGAGCCUAGAUUUAGAAGAAAUAGGGCCUUUUUUGAUAGGCUAUUGUUUGAAAACCCUGAAUUUAGGAUGAGCCUGAAACGUCUUUUUAAAAUUUAGGCUUGGCAUAAAUUUAGGCUGGUGAAAAAUUAAGUUAAGAAAAAUUUAGACCUGUUAAAAUUGAGGCUUGUAAAAAUUUAGGUUCUGAAAAAUUCAGACUUGUCAAAAAUUUAGACUAGGGAACAUUUUAAGCUUGUCAAAAAUUUAGGCUAAAAAAAUUCAGGUUUGGAAAAAUAUAGGCUCAGAAAAUUUAAGGCUUGUUAAAAAUUAAGGCUCGGUAAAUUUAGGUUUGUUAAAAAUUUAGGCUUGUCAAGAAUUGAGGCUUGAAAAAAAUUAUGCUUGACAAAGUUCAGGCUCCUGAUAAUUUAGGCCUGCCUGAAUGUAUAGCUAGAUCCACCUUCCCAAAAUCUGCCUUUGAAAUUAAUUUUGAGUUCCAAAAAAUUGUACCAAGUUUUUCUUCCUGAGAAUUUAAAAAAAUUGUUUUUUCUACCCUUUUCAACCCAAUUUUUUUCAGAUAA